GUAUAGUCACGAGGAACGACUCAGUUAAACGAUAAUUUUCGCUCCGUGAACUUUGCAAUGACCGAUAACGAAGGUUUUAAUUACGCCUUUGCGGUGAGUCGUCAUAGUUUACGGAUAAUCGGCGUAUGGCCCGAUCCACUUGCACCAUUAAGUGAUUUCCACCGGCCAAGCAUAAGAUUUCUAAUCGCUAUAUGUAUCGUGCUCUUUUACGCAAUCAUGCCGACAAUAAUAAACACGAUUCGUGCCUGGGGAAACGUGAUACGUAUGGUGGAAUGUAUCGCCUCCGCCAACUUCUGCAUGUUGGCAGUAUGCAAGAUAUUCGGUACUUGGUAUCACCGUAAAACACUUCGAACGCUGAUGGUAUCAAUCAUGAUCGAUUGGACUGUGAAGAAUAACGAGGAACGAAAUACAAUGUUACAUAUAACAAGACGUGGCCGAAUCUUAUGUAUUACAUGUUACAUGAUGAUGAUAUUCGUAAUGUCGUUUUACGUAAACUCCAACCUUAUAAAAAUCUUUCGAAAUAUAUCCCAACCUCAAAGAACGCUCGUGUAUCCAUUUAACUAUUUUUACAAUAGUCAAAAAAGUCCAAACUAUGAAAUCACUUGCUUGUUUCAACUUACCGCCGGUGUAUGCUCAAGUUUCAUCAGUUCUACUAUCGACGUUUUCAUCUCGAUGCUUCUACUGCACAUUUGCGCGCAGCUGAUAAAUCUACGAAUGGCACUCAACAAUUUAGUUGACAAAUUAGCCAAAGGAUCUAUAUCUUCGUCGAGCUUUAAGAGAGGUUUGGCUGAGAUCACUAUACGUCACGAACAUCUUAUUAGGAACAUAAAAAUAGUCAACAAUUGCUACAGCAUAAUAUUAUUUCUACACAUGUUUUCUACAACUUUUCAGUUGUGUUUUAAAAGUUUUCAAUUUUUCACGAUAGUAAUAAGGCAUUUGGAUGUACCUAUUAUCACCAAAAUUUAUGCUUUAAUUUAUUUCAUCUAUGUAUUGACGCAUUUAUAUAUUUAUUGUUAUUCAGCUGAAAAACUUUCAAAGGAGAGCAUUAAUAUGAUGCAUGGCGCGUAUGAAUGCAAAUGGUAUGAUUUACAGUCGAAAGACGCGAAGAAUUUAAUAUUUAUGUUACAUCGAUCAGCCAUUCCAUUUAGAUUAAAUGCUGGAAAAUUUGGAACAUUUUCGAUAGAAAUGUUUGGAAACGCGGUGAAAACGUCAAUGGGAUAUUUAUCUCUAUUGCUGACACUAAUGGAGAGAUCACGAGGAACGACUCAGUUAAACGAUAAUUUUCGCUCCGUGAACUUUGCAAUGAACGAUAACGAAGGUUUUAAUUAUGCCUUUGGAGUGAGUCGCCAUAGUUUAUGGAUAAUCGGCGUAUGGCCCGAUCCACUUGCAUCAUUAAGUGAUUUCCACCGGCCAAACAUAAGAUUCAUAAUCGCUAUAUGUAUCGUGCUCUUUUACGUGAUCAUGCCGACAAUAAUAAAUACGAUUCGUGCAUGGGGAAACAUAAUUCGUUUGGUUGAAGGUAUUGCCGCCGCCAACUUCUGCGUGUUGGCACUAUGCAAAAUAUUCGGUACUUGGUAUCACCGUAAAACACUUCGAACGCUGAUGGCAUCAAUCAUGAACGAUUGGACUUUGAAGAAUAACGAAGAACGAAAUACAAUGUUACAUAUAACAAGACGUGGCCGAAUCUUAUGUAUUACAUGUUACACGAUGAUGAUAAUCUUAAUGUCGUUUUUCAUAAACUCCAAUCUUAUAAAAAUUUAUCGAAAUAUAUCCCAACCUCAAAGAACACUCGUGUAUCCAUUUAACUAUUUUUACAAUAGUCAAAAAAGUCCAAAUUAUGAAAUCACUUGUUUGUUUCAACUUAUCGCCGGUAUAUGCUCAUGUUUUAUCAAUUCUACUAUCGACGUUUUCAUCUCGUUGCUUCUAUUGCACAUAUGCGCGCAGCUGAUAAAUCUACGAGCGGCACUCAACAAUUUAGUUGACAAAUUAGCCGAAGGAUCUAUAUCUUCGUCGAGCUUUAAGAAAGGUUUGGCUAAGAUAACUGUACGUCACGAACAUCUUAUCAGGAACAUAAAAAUAAUCAACAAUUGCUACAGCAUAAUAUUAUUUCUACACAUGUUUGCUACAACCUUUCAGUUGUGUUUUAAAAGCUUUCAAUUUUUCACGAUAGUAAUAAAGCAUUUGGAUGUACCUAUUAUCACCAAAAUUUAUGCUUUGCUUUACUUCAUCUAUGAAUUGAUGCAUUUAUAUAUUUAUUGUUAUUCAGCUGAAAAACUUUCAAAGGAGAGCAUUAAUAUGAUGCAUGGCGCAUAUGAAUGCAAAUGGUAUGAUUUACCGCCGAAAGACGCAAAGAAUUUAAUAUUUAUGAUACAUCGAUCAGCGAUACCGUUUAGGUUAAAAGCUGGAAAAUUUGGAACAUUUUCGAUAGAAAUGUUUGGAAACACGGUGAAAACGUCAAUGGGAUAUCUAUCUCUGUUGCUGACACUACUGGAGAGAUUUCUUAAAAUUGGCAACAGUAAUAUAUUCUUUAUAAAAAAUUUAAUUUUGUUAGGUUUCAAUUACGCCUUUGCGCUGAGUCGCCAUGGUUUACGGAUAUUCGGCAUAUGGCCCGAUCCAUUUGCGCCUAGUGAAUUCAAUCGGCCAAACAUAAGACUUAUAAUCGUUAUGUUUCUCGUGAUACUUUACGUGGUCGUGCCGCAAAUGUCAAAUAUAAUUCUUGCCUGGGGUAACGUGACUCGUAUGGUGGAAGGUCUCAGUUCCGUGAAUUUCAGCUUGUUGUCACUAUUCAAGUUAUUUGGUACUUGGUAUCACGGUAAAAGACUUCGAACGCUGAUGACAUCAGUUAUGACCGAUUGGAUAACUUCGAAGAACAACAAGGAAAGAAAUACAAUGUUACACUUAACAAAAUAUGGCAGAAUCUUAUCUAUUAGAAGUUACGUGUUGACGAUAGCCUUAAUCUCGCUCUAUCUAUAUUUCAACUUCAUAAAACUUUAUCGAAAUAUAUCCCAACCUCAACGAACUCUCGUGUAUCCUUUUAGCUAUUUUUACAACAGUCAAAAAAGUCCAAACUAUGAAAUCACUUAUUUCAUUCAACUUUCCGGCGGAGCAUGCACAGCUGUCAUCAACUCUUUCGUAGACAUGUUCAUCUCGAUGCAUCUGCUGCAUAUAUGCGCGCAGCUGAUAAAUCUACGAACAGCACUCAACAAUCUGGUUGACGAAUUAGCCAACGGAUCUAUAUCCUCCUCAAGAUUUAAGAAAGGAUUAGCUGAGAUCACUAUACGUCACGAACAUCUUAUAAGGAACACAAACCUAGUCAACAAUUGCUAUAGCGCAGUGCUAUUUAUACAAGUGCUUGCCACUACUUUUCAAUUAUGUUUUAAAAGCUUUCAAUUUUUCACGAUAAUAACAAGUCAAUUGGAUAUAUCUUUUAUCAACAUAUUUUAUAUCUUGUUUUACUUCGUCUUUGUAUUCACGAAUUUGUAUAUUUAUUGUUAUUCAGCCGAAAGACUUUCAACAGAGAGCACUAAUAUGAUGUAUGGCGUGUAUGAAUGCAGAUGGUAUGAUUUACCGCCAAAAGACGCAAAAAGUUUAAUGUUUAUGACAUAUCGAUCAUCAAUUCCGCUUAGAUUGAAGGCUGGAAAAUUCGGAACAUUUUCAUUGGAAAUGUUUGGUGCAACGGUGAAAACGUCAAUGGGAUAUCUAUCUGUAUUGCUGACACUAAUGGAUUAGACAGAUAAUAUAUUAGAAAAUAAUAUUAAAUUAAAUGAGCCUAUUCUAGGAAAGGAAAAAUACAAAAGAUUAUUUACAAACGACACUUGGUACAGAAGCAGUUAAAAAAUGAAUGAGUAUGUAAGAAGCAAAUAAAAAAAUUGGAAUGCUCAAAACGACACUUUACUUAAAA